UUCGGCUCGAUAGGUCGAACCAGACGCCGACGCCGAAUCAGUGCCAGGUUCGACCGGACGCCGAACUCAGUGCCAGGUUCGAUAAAAAUGAAGCCAGAUAAAGACUCGACCGGUCCGGCUUGAAAAAAAUUAGGCCCGAAAAUAUUCAGUUCAAAUAAUAAGUGAUAAAAAUAUGUUUGGACGUAUAAAAUCUGAUUGGACGCAUAAACUUUUUAUUGGACGCAUAAACUUUUUAUUGGACGCAUAAAUUUUCAUUGGACGCAUAAACUUUGAUUGGACGUAUAAAAGUUGAUUGGACGUAUAUUGUGUAAUAGAGCCAAAAUAACUUGAAAGAUUAAAAUAAAAUAAUUAUCAGUUGUUAUGCAAAAAUUGGUUUCUACAAUAAAGAGGCUCCAUCAAUGUAUAUUUUAAAUGGUCGUUUAAAUCUUAAUGGAACCGAAUUAUAUCAAAAAUCUCCUUGGAAGGACGGGGAUGUUUUUGGUUGUGGAGUUGUUUUUCCAUCAAAGAAGGAUUUGAAUAUAUUACCUUAUGUAUUUUUUACAAAAAAUGGUAGAAAAAAUGGUGAGAGUUUUUGUUUUUUUUCGAAGAAAUUCUGGAAUAGGAAACCAGUACGAGGGUCAAAAAAUAGUAGAUAAUUUUAAGCCACCCAGAACACCAAGUUUUACAAUUUCAAUUUAAACUAGGUUAGCACCCCUAGUAUUUAGGGUUGAGAGUAUCAAGUAUCGAGAUUUGCCGGAGAGAGUUUGUCGGGGUUCGGGUCGGGGUUUUUGCCCAAAAAAAUCAGCAGGGUAUGGGCAACGGAGUGCUACACUAAUUCAAGCUUUUCUAAAUUCAAUUAUCUAUAUUUUCUCUAAUUUAGGCAACAAAUUCUCAUUGAAAGAGGAUAGCGACAAUUUACGUCCAUAUUUUAAACUGCUCUCUUGCUCUAUUGAAAUUAAUUUUGGAAAUGAUCUCGAAAACGAGC